UGUAAGGAAAGAGUGGUUUUUGGCAGUUCUAAGUUCAUUGAAAGAAACCUACUUUUCUUGGACUUGAGGUUGCCCACAUCUCACACGACUGAAAAUGUGAUUGAGAGAUUGUUGAAAAUUUCAUCAACCCAUUGGACCUUAAUUCCCAAGUGAAUCUAAAAAGGAGCGGCUUUGAUUGCAAAAGCAGCAGACUUUGCUUCCUCCUUAGAUUGAGAUGAAACAUCUGACUUUUCUUCCCUUUCUGUAAGGCCUAACUCUACGCACUUCCUUCAUGCUUAGAAAAUAUUCCAACUCGCUUCUUUUUCCACCUUCAGUUUCGCCUGUGAUAUAUGAGCCUGAUUGAACCUAUAAGUCCAAGAUAAAAUUCGAAGUCAAAACCUUCCCUCCUGACAGAGACUGCAGAGAACUUCCACACUUGGAAACAAUGCAGCUUUUUCAUUCAACUUCUAAGCCAAACUCUUCUUCUACACGUUUCAUCAGCUUCAUCAUCUUCUCAUCAUCCAUCCUCACAGUCUACCUUCUGGUCUCGCUCUUCCUCGUCGGUUCCUCCAAGCUCACGAGCGUAACUUCCUGGGAAAGUUCAGCUUCACAACACUCACCGACCACUCUCGAGCACAUUGUGUUCGGGAUUGCUUCCAACAAGAAAUCAUGGCAGAAGCGGAAGGAGUACGUGAAGCUCUGGUGGAAGCAGCCACAUCCGCAGCAGCAGAUAGCGAUGAGGGGCUGCGUGUUCCUCGAGGAGCCGCCUGAUGACUUCAAUGUCACCUCUGGCAAUGACAAUGCCACCCUCCCUCCAAUCUGCAUCUCUCAGGAUACCUCCAGGUUCCGUUACACCUUCAAAAAUGGUCUGCGGUCGGCGAUUCGGGUGGCACGUGUGGUUUCCGAGACGGUGGCACUGAAUCAUUCCGACGUCAGGUGGUUUGUGUUUGGUGAUGACGACACAGUUUUCUUCCCCGAGAACUUGGUGAAGACGUUAUCAAAGUAUGAUCACGGGCUUUGGUACUACAUAGGGUCGAACUCGGAGAUCUACGAGCAGAAUAGGUUGUUUGGGUUUGACAUGGCUUAUGGUGGAGCAGGAUUUGCUAUUAGCUAUCCGCUGGCUAAAGUUCUCGCCAAGGUUUUUGAUUCUUGUAUCGAAAGGUACCCUCAUCUUUAUGGAAGUGAUUCCAGGAUCUCUUCUUGCUUGGCUGAGCUUGGCGUGACGUUAACUCGAGAGCCCGGUUUCCAUCAGCUGGAUUUCCAUGGCAAUAUGUUCGGUAUACUGACAUCACAUCCAACGACACCAUUAGUAUCCCUCCAUCACAUGGACCACAUCGACGCAAUCUUCCCCAAAAUGACAACCCGAGACUCUGUUAAGCAUUUACUAGAAGCAGCAAGGAUUGAUUCCCAGAGGGUUCUGCAGAAGACUGUGUGCUAUGAUCGCUGGUUCUUGUGGACCAUUUCUGUUUCAUGGGGCUACGCAGUUGAGGUCUACGGCAAUCACAUGCUUCUCCCUGAUGUUCUUCCCGUCCAAACCACUUUCAGGCAAUGGAGCAAAGGUGACGUUCUAGCUGCAACGUACGUUUUCAACACCAGACGGCCUCACCCGGAUCCAUGCAGAAGAGCCACAGUUUUCUUUCUUGAUCGUGCUUCUUCUGAGGUGACUAAUAAUCAACAGUUGGUGACCAGCCAUUACAAGAAGCUGUUUGUAAACUGCUCGCAAGAUAUGGGUUCACCUAGAAGACUUGAAGAGAUUAAGGUGGUCUCGCAUAAGCUUGACCUCAGCGACAAACAGCUGCGGGCUCCAAGGCGGCAGUGCUGUGAAGUUUUGCCUUCUUCUGGGAAUAAAGUGAUGGACAUUGCGAUUAGGGAAUGCAAAGAUGACGAACUGAUUCACAUGAAAUAGGUAAACUUGAUUUGUUGUUUAUGGAGGCAUACAUUCUUGGUUGCCAUUGCAAGAUUCACACUGAUCUCGAAUGAAGCUUAAGAGAUAAAAACCCAGACAAGGGUUGGGGAUCUAGUAGCUGUUGUGCAGAGGCAGUGGGAAGUAAAGUAAAAGCAUGCCCCAACUCUUGUGGAGUAAUUCAAGAGGGAAUACAGAGGCUUAUUUGACCUUUUCUUUCUGGAAAAGAAUCCACUUUUGAUUAUUUGUGCAUAUUUUGUAAGAAUGAUGAAGUAGAAACCACAGAAAAAUGUAUCCUUACACGGACACAGAAUAUGGAGGAUAAAUUUUCAUCCAAUGAAUAAAGUAAAGAAAGCAAUGAACUUUCUUGUCAUGUAUUUGGUUUUUAUAUCUUCCUUAUCUGCUGAGUCUUUUUGUUGAUCCGAUUGUAGAUUUAGUGCUGGCUGUGGGCAGGGCAGGGUGUCCAACGGUCCGCACCUGUCCAGACCUGUUUUGAACCGGAUCGAAUAUCACAUUAAGAAGAGGUUGAACUGGUCUGUUCAGCCCCUAUGAUUUUACUUGUUGAGAUGGAAUCAAGACUAAAAAUAUGACGGAAAUAUCUCCGUUUGGUCUGGAUUGGUUUGUGCGCAGGUUUAAUCCAAUUCGGCCCCGACUCAAAAUACUAAACCCUAGAAUGGGUA